CAUCAGAAUGUUACUAGAUGUCAGGAUUAUGUCUGAAGUAAGAAACUUCAUAGUGCAUUUGGUUGAAAGGAAAUAUUUAUUGAAUAGUCAGCUGGUUGUCAUUGUUGAAUUACAGUUGUUUGUAUAAGUUACUUUUUAUAUAUUUAUUAUACUAUACUGUUGAUAAAAUGAACAGUUCAUCAGAUCCUAGACGGCCAGAACGAGAAGUUCGUUACAAACCCAGUGUGUCAAGCAGUCAGGCACAACCAGGCGACAAUUCAACUCCAGAUUAUAUGAAUAUAUUAGGAAUGAUCUUUAGCAUGUGUGGUUUAAUGAUGAGAUUAAAAUGGUGUGCAUGGGUUGCAUUAUAUUGUUCAUGUAUCAGUUUUGCCAAUUCUAAAGUGACUGAUGAUGCCAAACAAAUUCUUAGUAGUUUUAUGUUAUCCAUAUCAGCAGUUGUAAUGUCAUACUUACAAAAUCCGCAACCAAUGACACCACCAUGGGCAUCUGCCAUACAAUAAAGAGCUUUUUAAAUUUUAACAAUGACUUUUUCGAUUAAAAAAGUAAAAUAAAAAAGGGGUAAGAAGGAUC